CGAGGAGCUCUCUGGCUAUUGAUUGGUGCUGACACUGUUAUGUUCAGUACCAUCCUUGCUUAUUUCAUACUAUUCAACGACGACGACGACUUUUCGUACUAAAAUCUCUCAAGUUUUAGCAAAUCUCAUCUUAUCUAACCGCUUAUCCCUCAAAUAAUGGAUAGUAGUAGUACGGAGAUGGCUUCAACGGAACCCAACGUUUAUCUUUUUGUCCCGAACCUCAUCGGAUACGCCAGAGUUGCGCUCAUGUUUGUCGCUUUCUACUUUAUAACAGAUCCUGGAAUGUACCAUGUGACCAUGACCUGCUAUCUGUUGAGUCAGCUGCUGGACGCGGUUGACGGUCACGCCGCCAGAAUGCUCGGCCAGACUUCAAAACUGGGUGCAAUGUUAGACAUGCUCACCGACAGAUGUAGCACAUUAGGGCUGGUUAUGGCACUGGGCCUUCUGUACAAAGAUUGGUUCUUUUUCUUCCAAUGUUACGCAGUCCUGGACAUAGUUUCGCACUGGCUUCAUCUCACUGCUUCCCACUACUCAGGUGCCACCUCACACAAGACUAUAGACCUGUCCUCUAACCCGAUACUGUAUUACUACUACCAAAACAGAACCGUUCUCUUCUCGAUGUGUGCAGGAAACGAGUUAUUCUUCGCGGCCCUCUACCUACUUUACUUUAGUGAAGGUCCCAAUUUCGGAGGUUACGGUUUCUUCAGAUCAGUAGUUAUCUGCUGUGCACCGGUUAUGGUCCUCAAGAGCGUGAUAUCAGUGGUACAGUUAAUAGCUGCAGCAAAUAACAUCGUUGUUGUUGACACGGAGGAACACACUCGAGCAAAGGAAUAGAAAAAUCAACGUGUUCUUUCUUCUGAUAUUGUUAAACAUUAUAGUUAUCUCUAGCUCUGUACAGAUAAGAUCGCGUAAGUCGUAUUCAUAAAAAGUUGAAAAAAUUUGGUAUUCAUGAAUACCAAAUAAAAAAAUUAUGAAUAUCAACUACCUUUUAUGAAUACCAACUACCUUUUGCUUAGCAAUUGCUAAGCUGAAUUGCUAGGUAGUCGCUAAUUUUGAUACAUAUCCGGCUGUAAAGUAAUUAGCUAAUUAUCCUAUUGAAUAAUGAUUUUACAAAAAAGUUGUCGGAGAAAAAGUUGGUCCUCACCGAAAAAUACACAUCUAGUAAAUACCAGAACCUUCUGUAAACUUUACAGCCAGAGAUUCAUCAAAAUUAGCGACUACAGCAUACAGACUACCUAGCAAUGCCUAGCAAAAGGUAGUUUGUAAUUGUAUUUUAAAAUUUGGUAUUCGUGAAUACCAAAUUUUUUCAGCUUUUUAUGAAUACGACUUUCGAAGUGACUGCAAUUAUUUAAAGCUUUUCAAUUAACUAAAAUUGUGACAAAUUUUGAUGUUUGCGGCUUAGGAAUGAGGAAGCAUUUAUAAAUGUUCUAUAAAUUUCUUUUUUAGUUUUGGUGAAAAUCGUAAACUUCCAAAGCAAAAUGGUGGGAGAGGCUAAAGUUAGAAACUUUUUGCUUCAUAAAUAUUUUAAUGAUCCGUAAAUAGAAUUGUUUGAACUUUGAAAACUGUCUUUUUCUGAACUUUCAGAUAUUUGCAGAUCGCAGAUGAAGCCCAUGAUUUACCUAUUAAUAAUUUUCCAGAUUUAAAACUAUUUUAGGAAUAAUUAAAUAUAUAAUAUUUGCAUAUAAUUCACGUGGCAACAAUGAAUAAUACAAUUUUUUAUUACAAUAUUGAAUAUGAGCAUUUGCAAUUUUGCAGUCGUAAAUUUUUUUUCUUCCAAGUCCCUGAAUUCAGUCGGUUGCGAGCGAAGUUUUUUUGCAAUAUUAUUAAAAAGUUCUGAUGUUAUCUAAAUCUAAUAUGUGUGAAUGAAAAUGUGUGUCCAACAAAACAAUUUAUCAUUAUCAAUCUAUUGCUAUUUAUAUUGAAACUCCUGUUAACUUUUUUCCACUUUUGACAUAAAUGAUAAUAAUGUUUUCAUUUAAAUAAAGUUGCAAUCUCCAAUCUCAAUGCUUAACAAUACUACUAAUACUAACAAUGGAUAUAUUAUUUAUAUUUUAUUUUUAGUAUCCUAUUUAAGUUAGUUAACUUAUUUAAGUUAGUUAUACUUAUAUAAUUUUAAUCAAAGUUUACUGGGCGGCGCUCAGCCUGUCACCGGCAGCAGCUCAAUCUAUGUUGUAUGUUUAUUGUAGG